AUGCGCAGUCAGUACAUGAUGACAAAAACUACGCAAAGCAUUGUCAGACCCCAGCUAAUGUUAAUAUGCUUUUGGCUCUUCCCUUCUUCAGCCAGUGUAGAAGUGCCAGUGGUCAAAGUAAAGUUCAAUCUCUUUGUGACUUCUGACCGGAGCAAGAACCAUAAAAAGCAUUUCAAUGCACCUUCCCGCAUUCACAGGAAGAGUAUGUCUUCUCCUUUUUCCAAAGAGUUGAGACAGAGUAGUGUUCGACCCAUGCCCAUUCGAAAGGGUGAUGAUGUUCAGGUUGUGCAAGGACAUUACAGAGGGCAUCAAACUGGCAAUGUUAUCCAGGUUUACAGGAAGACAUAGGUCAUCUCCAUUGAACAAGUACAACAGGCGAAAGCUAAUGGUGCAACUGUUUAUGUGGGCAUUCGCCCUAGCAAGGUGGUUAUCACUAGACUAGAGGGAGACAAAGACCGCAAAAAGUUCCUUGGAUAUAAAGCCAAAUCUCACCAAGUAGGAAAGGAAAUAGGUAAAUACAAGGAAGUAACAAUUGAGAAGAAGCAAGAAUAAAGUAAUCUUAUAUACAACUUUCAUUAAAAACUUGAAAAAAUAAAUAUGCUUUUGGAAAAAUCUGGGUUUGGUUAGGAAAGAGAAAGGGAUAAAGAGUCCUGAGUAGAUGUCAUGGAUUAAUUGUGUGCUCCCCACAAAAGGUACAUUGAAGUCCUAACCCCCAGCACCUCUAGGAUGUGACCUUAUUUGAAAACUAGAGGCCUGGUGCAUGAAACUUGUGCACGGGGGUUGGGGGUGUCCCGCAGCCCAGCCUGCACCCUCUCCAAUCUGGGACCCCUCGAGGGAUGUCUGACUGCCCGUUUAGUCAGACAUCCCUCUCAUAAUCUGGGAAUGCUGCCUCCCAAAUGCUCGCUUGCCUGCCUGCCUGACUGCCCCUAACUGCUUCUGCCUGACAGCCUGAUCACCCCCUAACCACUCCCCUGCAGCCUGAUCGACGCCUAACUGCUCCCCUGCUGGCCCGAUUGCCCCUAACUGCCCUCCCCUGCCAGCCUGGUCACCCCAACUGCCCUGCCCUGAU